CCAGGAUUGCCGAAUAUACCAGGAUUGCCGAAUAUACCAGGAUUGCCGAAUAUACCAGGAUUGCCGAAUAUACCAGGAUUGCCGAAUAUACCAGGAUUGCCGAAUAUACCAGGAUUGCCGAAUAUACCAGGAUUGCCGAAUAUACCAGGAUUGCCGAAUAUACCAGGAUUGCCGAAUAUACCAGGAUUGCCGAAUAUACCAGGAUUGUCGAAUAUACCAGGACUUCAGCAUUGA